AUGGAUUCCAACACAGCCGGCACCGUGCAAUACGAUCGCUGGAACGAGGAAAACAUCAACAUGAACGUAGAGGCAUCACAAUCUACUGCCAUGAGGAUCUACGACAGAGUGUGUAACGGCAGCAUGGGAGUGGUAGUGAAGGCUGCAGGAGCUUUGGUUGCACUGGCGUCUGUUUACAUCUUAGGAUACGUGACAGGAUACUACGUCCAUAAGUGCUGA